AAUCCUUUCUGCAACAGCCUCCCGCGCGCCCGCGCGUGUGUGUUUGUGUGUGCCUGUGUCUGUGCCUGUAUAUCUGUCUGUACGGAUACUGCGCAUUGCCUGGCGACCAAACGGCUCUUGAUUGACAUCAUUCACCGUCCUUUAACGAUACGGCGCGCGUUCCUUCUAACCCCGUGCCCCCUCCCCAAUUCCCAGUUUCCAGUUCUAGGAAGGAAGGAAGGAAGGAAAGAAAGAAAAAGUGGAGAUCUUCAUAAUAUUUACAGGCUCCGCAAUUUCAUCGCUCCUUCACUUGAAACACUUCCAACUCCAGUCUUGGACAGGGAAACCCAUUCCCCAACCGUCACGUCCCGCUGCGCCAACUUUGGAUUUUCUGUCUCUCUUCCUCCACUCCUCCUCAGCUCGGUGCUGAGUCUUUUGUCUUUUUCUUCGACAGACAAUCCCCGACGAACCUGCUACAGGACUGGACCUUGCAGCAAACCAGCCAAAGCAACCAAAACGAGGGAGGGAAAGGGAAGGAAAGAAAAAAGAGACAUCCAUCCCAGACAACCCGCACCACCUUCGACAAUACCUCCAACAGCAACCAGCCCACAGAAUCCCCAGCCCGAACCCACCGUUCCGGUCCCCAGUCCCAAGCCUUACGAAGAGACAACAGAAGAAGCUGAUCCGAUCGCCUCGCCUCACCCACCACUACCAGUCGCUCGUUCAUCCUUUUACUCGCUCACCGUACUUGUAUACACGACCCUACUUGUACACACGCCUGAUAUCCUUCUCUCCCUUUCUCAGUCGGGUACACUCACUGUCUGAGUAUUACGGACCCCGUGCUAUUCAUAUCCACACCCACCAAACAAACGACCCUCUUCUUCUUGCCUUGUGUCCUUUCCCUCUGCCGGCUCAAGGAUACCGAACGUCGACGGACCAACAAGCCCACAAACACAUUGCCUCGACUGCCUACAUCCGUCCUAGACCUAAGGUCUUUUUGUUCAUGUCAAAUUGAGGGGGAGGGAUUCAGCACCUACCUCCAUUGCCUUGCCGUACCUCACAUCUUACCUUGCACACCUCAUACCCUUACAGCCAGUAGUCGCCGUGCCACAGUGACACCGAGCAUUCCGACCGGCCAUCCCUUACCCAACUCGACCGAUCCCGCCCAUUUCCAGUUACAAGCGCAUGUUCUAGAUCGCAGUUGCCAGCGCAAUCCCAAAUAACAGCUCACCAAGCUCGAAGCGGGCUGCAACAACAGCACCAACCGCUGCCGCAGCGUCUGCUGUCGUUUGGGAGAGAGAGCCUCCCUCCAACUGUGUUUGGGACCUGCCAUGAGAUGAAAGGACCGACGCUGACGAUGGCCCCGGCCGUUGUCGAACCAGCACAUUCUUCUUACCUCCAUCGAUCACAUACGUCCGAUGACCGCCCUGACAUGGCGCCGUCAGUAGCAACAUCAACGGCAACCACCUGUCAGAGAGGACCGAGCGUGCAUGGUCGAGCUGCAUUCGAGCUGCCAUCAUUCGAUACCAUUCCCGAGUUUGACACGACGCUUUAUCUCGACGGCAAGGGGUCCAAGGAAGCAGCUACCCCAAAGGAGAAGGUGAUGCCGGGUCCGGUGGCCGUCGGGGCAACGCGAUCCGACCCGGUAAAGCCGCCCAAACCUUCAAGGGAUGAAGACAAGGAAAAUACCAGAGAAGGAAAGCAAAGGGAGAAGGACAUGGAGAAGCUGCAGAAGAGAGGCAGGAGGACGUCGUUGAUGGAACGCCGGAAAUCAUGGCUACCGUCGUCGAGGUCACCGUCAAAGAUCAAGGAGCCGCCGCUGCCCGAGAGGCCCGUGAUGCCCGAACGACCCAGCACUCACGCCGGAGACCACGUGGGUGCUGCUGCGUCAUCCGCAACCCCGGUACUACCGACGCGACCAGUCGAGCCCGAACGCCCCAGGACGGUAUCGGAGAGUUUCGCUACCUUUGCGAAGAAGUCAUGGAUGUCCACCUCCCGAUCACCAUCUCCAAAGAGAAUCCCAGAACCACCUGCUCCACCCCUACCUCGUCCUUCUCGCAGCAGGGCCUCGAGUAACGAUUCCAUCAAAACUGCCGAGGCGCCGCGCAAGAGGCCCAUCUCUAUGCUCGUGGACCCUGAGUCCGCCGCUUCCAAGAGCGCCGAGUCCUUGAAGCCGGCACGCACUCUCAACCGGACGAGCACGUUCCUGACCAAGAUGAAGCAGCGGCCAAAGAGCAUGCUUAUCACACUUGGAUCAGGCAGCGAUUCGGACGUUAACAGCGCGCCUGUGUCAACAAACACCUUGCCACCGCCGGGCGUCGCUCCGGUGAAUGAUCAGCGCAGUCAGAAGGACAAUCACAACAGCAACAACAACAUCGUCAACAACAUGAAAAAACCCGAAUCGAAGCCGGCCUCAGUCACCGAUUCUCACACCACCGCAGUAACGGACGAGUCGUGGAGCGAAAUGUCGGUCAACAAGGACACCAUUUGGUCUGCCUUCCGGACGCUCGAUACUGAGUGCGGAGGUUUCGUCACCAAGACCAUGGCUCAGCGGAUGCACAUGGUACGCGCAACCUUGUUGCCGUUUUUGCGGACCUAUAUGAACCACACCACCAACAAGGGACUCAGCCUCGAGGAUGUCGAGCGAAGGGCCAUUGUGCUAAACAAGUGGUGGAGCGGUCUGUUGGAGAUGUUGGACUCGCAAAACCAGCAGCUGGCCGGCGUCGACCGACCGGUUCUGCUUGAAGCUUUGACAAUGCUGAUGAUGCGACCUGAAUGGCGACAGACGACGACUUAUUUCAUGUCUUUGGCGGACCGCUCACCGAACGAGCGUGUGCGGCCUCGAUCGGGGACUCAAUCAACAGCAGACUCAUCGCAAGCAUCCAGCCAGGCGUUUCUUGCCGAAUCGGCCGAGCACAACGUCCGGACCAUGUUUGUGGGCAAUCUCAUGAAACAGAUGCAGAUUGUUGUGGACAAGAUGUCGCUCCGACACGCGCCUCUCAGUUUGGUCAAUUGGUGCGGCAAGGCCUGCGCAUACGGCUUCUUCUUUUGCCCGUCCGUCGCCGAAAUCCUGGUCCGCUUAUGGGAUCUGCGGCCAGAACUCAUCAGGCGGGCAGCUGAUGAGCUUGGCUUGCCAAAGAAGAACAGUGGUGAAAGCGAGGAUAUAAUGGCACUUUUCCCACCAAACCUUGGGAUUCUCGGCUGGCAAUCGCAGAAGACUAUCAGCGCCCGCUUUAAGGAGAGGGUCAAGCUUUCUGUCAUGGCAGCGAGAAUUCCUUGGUUCAGUCCUUGGGUGACUAGGUGGCGCGGCGGCGAUACUGACUUAUUCUUCAUUUUCUGCAAGUAUUACCAUAUUCUGUCCGAGGAGUUCAUGCCAGAGGGGCUGCCGUUGCUUGAAAAGGCCCGUUCUCCGGGUUUCGUGCUGGUUCAGGCGCAGAUUCUCGCUUGUAUCGAGUCUACUAUCCAUCGACAGGCCGAAGUGGAUGCGAUGAUGAACCCGCUGCCGCCCACAGACUCGUUUUACGGCGCCGACGCCGCCGCCACUUCGAUGACAGUCCCAGGAAACCUGCUGAAAAACAUGGCCGAGAACCGUCUCAUCGUGUUGCUGAAAGACAUUCUGGGCGAAUCGCUACCCGUUAUCGCUGCCGCGAGACGAACUUUCGCCGAAGCUUUCCUAGCCGUAACCCGCGCUGCUGCCCGUCGGGUAUCUGCCUUUGACCACAGCGCCGUUUUCACGCUGUGUGAUUUCUUGGAAGAGGCAUUGGUGGCCUACGACCAACUGGACGAUCUCGAAAACCCCAACAUUGCCAGCGGGAUCAAUUGGUCUUUUUGGCUUGAUGCAUGUCGGAAAAUGCUCGUCUCUGACAACGCCAUGACGGAAGUCCGACUGCUCUCAUUCAUGUUCUCGACUUGGGAAGCGGUCACUGCGAACCCCGAGAGGAAGAGAAUUGUGUGUCUGGACUGGUUGCUUUCCGAAGAAACGUUCGACACCUACUUCAACCACUGGUGUCCGAUGGUGCGAGGCUACUACAUGCGCCUGCUCUGCUGGCGGAUUUGUCGAGACUCCGGCUGCGCAAAUGAAGUUGAUGCUCAAAUAUUCGUCGCUGCUGCUGGCCGUCUCAAGACCGUCUGGGCGCAUUACCUCUACAUUCGCAACACCGCUGACGCCGCAGGAAAACUCCCUCCCUCUACCUCACCUUGUCUCCCUACGCCUGGCAAGAAGUUCAUGAUCAUCCGCACAGAGGUCAACAUUCCGCAGCCCGGCUAUUUCAACCAGCCCUUCGAUUCAUUCGCCAAAAUCGUUAACGGCGAUGGGGUUGUUGCAACCCCGACACCGCCAGAGCCGAAGGAGGUCGUUGCCAAGGCAGACAACAGCAAGAAACGAUGGUCUCUGCUCGGAAAGGUGCUUUCCUUGGGUGGCAACGGCUCUGACAGCGAGGAUAACAGCGACACGCCGCGCAAGGAGGCGUCAUCAAAGCCGGCCACAAUCUCGAAGCGUCGUCAAGGAGGUCCGCCACUGCCGCCCAAGAUCUCCACUUCUACCGCCUCCGCCACCACAACUUCCUCGGAUGGCAGCUCCCCGGGCGCCUCGCCUAUCUUCAUGGAGCAGAAGUUCGUCUUCAAGUUCACGUUGACCUGGCAGCCCCCUGCCGUUAUCCAGCCGCGCGAUCGCAUCCUCACACGCCCACGUCUCCCCGCCCCGGCGCAGGCGUGGGUCAGUGCCCGGUCUAGGAGUGGGAGCACGCCUCCUCCGAUGCCUGCCGGUCUGCCGGACCCUACCCGGCGUGUCUCCGGUUCCAAGAAGAAGGGUCUCGUUGAUGAAGCCAAGAACGCUAGUCCACUUGCAUCUCCGACACUUGAACGCAAGUCGUCCGUCACCACAGUGUCCUCGUCCUCGCUUGCACGCAGGCUCAGCAACAAGUUUGACUUUGAGAAUAACCCCGAUGCGGAGCUGAUGACGUUCGACUUUGAAGGCGCGGAGAAGUCUUCGGCAUCGUCAAUGUCAUCCGCCUCGUCCACGGCUUCAUCGCCUGUUGAAGGCAAGACAGAGGACGAGCAGCCGCUGUCGACCCCGUCUCAGCCUCAAUCUCAGGCCCAGCAGCAACAAAAGUCUGAGAGCCGUAGGAAUGGACCCGAGCCUUUGACGCAGCCCCUUCGUCCUACGGGCAUGUACACCAAGCGUGUCGUUUAUACCGGUCGCGCGCUGGCGGAGUGGAGCCUUGUCGUUGCGGAGUGCAAUGGUUUCGUCGAUCGGAGACGGGACGAAGGCGUUCUCGGCCUCAGUGAGGUUGAGGUUCCUAUGUUGACGGUCGAAGGCUUCCGUAAGAUGGGUUAAACAAACUCCUAUCCGCGAGCGCCCGCACUGCGUCCCAGGUCGCAUAACUUUGGGCGCCAAACUUGCAAAAUCCUUCUGACGACAACGAAAGUCACGACAGAUCUGGAUAGAAAUGCUGGACGUAUUUCAUCCCGCAUGACACAAUAACAGCACACUGAAAAGGGAAAGUACGACGUUAUGUCCAUCCUUUGCUGCCUGAUCUUAGACGGCGGCUUGUUGUCCAUUCCACGUUUGGGGGAUCUUUAGCAUCGCCACUGCAUUUUGCCACCUUGUUUAUCCAUCCGACGGUACGGACACUUCGAAAGGCUCUCGAACGAGCCUCUAUUUUUCAUUUCCGUUCCGGGGCUAUUGUUUCAAAUCCCCGCCCCGAGCAAAUCUAUUUUUCAAAGCUCAGGUGGCUUUUGCUCCUCUUCGUUGUCAGUAUUGUUCAACCCACCAUCAUCAAAGUAAUGAUAGUUUCUACCUCAUCUUCAUCUUGUGUGUAUUGUUUUCGAAACGGCGUUUGGCGGGGCUGGGAAACAGUGGAUUAACAAUCCUUGAAGUUCAUGUGUGUUGCGCAAGACAGGAUUGGGUCGGGAAAGAUUGAACAUCAGCAUUCGUUCUAUUCCUCGCUGCGUUUUCAGACUGGAGAAGACGGAGUGGGCAUUUGUUUUGUUCAGAUCGCACUGCAAACACACAGAUGCACGGGUCUUUUGUCGGUUUGUUCAAUUUCGGAAGGGCGGAGACAGUCAGGUAUAGAAGGAUAUAUCCCAACAAACAGCCAACAUCGAAACGAGAGACAGACAUGUUACUGAUCCGACUAUGAUGCUUCGCGACUAUGGCUUUGAACGUAGGUGUCGGUGAGAGGGGACAUAUGGAUGAGCUGAGAAGUCAAGGAACUGAACGGCUCAGGAGUGGCGACUUGUUGGCCGUAAGUGAGUUAACGACGCCCGAGGGUAAGGUAAAUAUCACUUGAGUAUCAAGAAAAAACGAUGUUGGGACGUAACAUGUAUGAAGAUCUGCUCUUUCGGGACCUAUUUCGGCGCGGGUC